AUGGCAGCGACAGAAACUAACACAGGUAAUCAGAAUCCAACUCAAGAUCCUAGAUCAAUGUACUACAUUCAUCCGAGUGAAAAUCCAGCUGUUUCACUUGUUUCUAAGAAGUUCAAUGGAGAAAAUUAUCAGGACUGGAAGAGAGGUAUGAUUCUUGCUCUUUCUAUGAAGAACAAGAUGGCUUUCAUUGAUGGAAGCUUGCAGAAACCAGCAGAUACAGAUCCAUUGUUUAGUGCUUGGAGUAGAUGCAAUAACAUGAUCAUUUCAUACAUCUUGAGAUCUUUGGAUAAUACUCUUGCUAAGAGUUUUAUAUUCUUCUCAACUGCAUAUGAAAUUUGGAAGGAUCUUGAGGAUAGGUAUUCUGUAAUUUUUGGUCCACAGAUUUAUUCGUUACAGCAGUUACUUAAUCAAAUAGAUCAAGGAUCUUCUACGAUUACUGAAUUCUUCACAAGAAUCAAAGGAAUUUGGGAUCAGGAUGAAAGGUUGAUUCAGUUUCUUAUGAAACUUGAGCCUAAACAUGCUGGAGUUCGAACAAACAUAUUGAUGAUGAAUCCAUUACAUUCCAUGUCCGUCGCAUAUAAUCUUCUUAUUCAAGAUGAGAGGCAGAAGAAGAUCACUGAAGGUGUUACCAGGCAAUCUAGCAGUAUGGCCUUUGCAGCAGCAGAGGAAAGGAGAGGUGGUUCAAGUAGAGCUUAUCCACUAUCUGUUCGAGCACCUUUAUUCUGUGAUCAUUGCAAACUGAACAAUCACACUGUUGAUAAGUGCUGGAAGUUGCAUGGAUAUCCUGAUAAGGGAGGUUACAAUAAGAACAAAGGAAAGAGAGUUGUAGCUGUUGCUUAUGUGUAG